AUGGUAGAAGUGAAGAAAUCGUCGAAACAGGAAACUGUUAAAGUUAUUGUUCGAUGUAGGCCGCUAUCUAAUCAAGAAAUCGAACAGGGCCAUGAAAAGUGAGUAUUUUCUAUAAGCUGGAGGGAACUAAACUGAAAAUUUUGUAGAAUUGUACAUAUGCGAACAGAUCGAGGGCAGAUUGAACUUAAGAAUCUCAAAGAAUUGGAUGAGCCUUCAAAGGAUUUCACAUUUGAUGCGAUUUAUGAUGAAAAGUGAGUUAGCUUUCAUACGCUGUCCAAACACCGCGCUGAAGUACGGUAGAACCUGCACAUCUAACUCAAAAAUAACUUUUUAAAUUUAAAAUCCAAUGUUCAAGAUGGACGAGUUAGUGGUGGAUACGGUGUGUUCCUUUAAUCUGGAGUUUUUACAGUUCCACACAAUCCAAUCUCUACGAGGAAACAUUUCGAGAUCUAGUCGAUUCAGUUCUCAACGGUUACAAUGCAACAAUUUUCGCCUAUGGUCAAACGGGUACUGGUAAAACGCAUACAAUGGAAGGAAAAUCGUCGAUUCCCGAACAGCGAGGUGUCAUUUAUAAAUGUAUCGAUCACAUAUUUGAACAUAUUGCCAACUCGAGAAAUCAGCAAUAUUUAGUUCGAGCUAGUUAUUUAGAAAUUUAUCAAGAAGAGUUGCGAGAUUUAUUGAGCAAAGAAUCAUCAUCGAAGAAACUCGAUAUAAAAGAGAAACCAGAUGGUGGAGUUUAUGUCAAAGAUUUGUCUGCUUUCGUCACAAAUUCUUGCAGAAGCUAUUCAACGAGUUAUGGCAACUGGAAACGCGCAAAGAUCAGUCGGGUAAGUUCUCACACAUAAUUAAGUUCGUAUAACUCUGCUCUUUCAGGCGUACUAAUAUGAAUGAACAUUCUUCUCGGUCUCACGCUAUUUUUAUCAUCACAGUUGAAUGCUCGCAAAUCGGAAUUGAUGGCGAAAAUCAUAUCACGGUUGGACGAUUGAAUUUGGUUGAUUUGGCUGGUUCAGAAAGACAAGCUAAAACUGGAGCUACUGGGGAAAGGUUCAAAGAGGCGACGAAAAUCAAUCUAUCAUUAUCGGCUCUUGGAAAUGUUAUCUCAGCUUUAGUAGAUUCGAAAUCGUCCCAUGUUCCAUAUCGAGAUAGUAAACUAACAAGGUUACUGCAAGAUUCAUUAGGAGGGAACUCAAAAACAGUUAUGGUUGCUUGUAUUGGACCAGCUUCUUAUAACUAUGAAGAAACUCUGGGAACUUUGAGAUAUGCGAAUCGAGCAAAGAAUAUUAAGAAUAAAACCAAAGAUUAAUGAAGAUCCGAAGGAUGCGUUGUUAAGAGAAUUCCAGGAAGAAAUUCAACGACUUCGAGAACAAUUGGAAAGAAGAAAAUUGAGAAGUGGUGGAGGAAGUAUACAUGUUUCACAAUAUGAUGAAGAACGACGGAAUAUUGAGGGAGAAUAUGAGAAGAUUAUGAAUGAUCAGAAUAUGAUUCGACAGGAAAAAGAGCGAUUGAUCAGAGAUUUAGAAGAUCGGUCGAAGCUUUUGGAGAAAGAACGGAUGGAACAAGCGAGAGUAGCUGAACAGAUUGCGAAUAUUCAAAGUAGAUUGAUUGUUGGAGAUGGAAAUGAUAAUGGACAAUUGGAGACUAGAACAAAGGAACAACAAAAAGAAUUGGAGCGAAAAAGGAGAGAACUUUCGGAACAAAAGAAGCGAGAACGUGAAAUGGCUGAAUUAUUAGAGAGACAGGAAGAAGAUACUGUAGAUCUCAAGCAAACAUUUUCUUCGUUGCGCGCUGAAGUCGAGGCAAAAACGAGGAAAUUAAAGAAGCAUAUAAUUAAGCUAAAACAAGCCAAGAAUGAGAUUCGCGACACUUUGGCCUCAUUUUCAGAUGAGAGACAAGAUUUAGAUCAAUCGAUUGCAGAUAUCAACAAAGAACUGAAAUUGAAGUGAGUUGAACUAACUUUUGAAUUUUUGAAAAAAACGUGAAUUUAGAUUGCUAAUCGUCGAAAAUUUCAUACCGCGUGAUGUUAGUGAUCGAAUCAAGGAAAGAUCAGAAUGGAAUGAGGAAGAUCAAUGUUGGAAUGUGAAUUCGUAUCAACGUGGAUCAACAAGUUCGUCAACUUCAUCAAGUCCUUUGAUACGUGAGUUAGAAAUACGAUGAAAAUGGAGCUGGGGCCGAAUUCAAAUUUUAAAUUUGGUAUACCAAAAAUUGUUCUGCAAUUUUUGGUAUGAAUUCGGCCCCUGGCCCUCUGGUGAAAACAAUUUUCGGAAAACGUGAAGAAAAUCAAAAUUAAAAUCUCAAAAAAGUAGUCAUUACCGUUUUCCACGUGAACAAGAACUGAUUCAAUUUAAAAAAAAUGAAAAUUCUUCAGUGGGCGAAGCCGAAGACGGUGUUCUCAUCCGAUCUUCUGGUGGUGACAGCGGUGUUUCAGUUGGUGCCAAUUCACCAUCCACUUCAACACAAUUUCUCGACCGUAGAUUGGUAAGUCCUUCAACUUUUAUUCUUAUUCAUUUUAAAGUGCAGUGCUUCCGGAGAUUUCAAUAUAAACUAUUAUAUUUGCUUUCUUCAUAGAAUUUUCUGUUUAUUCAGGUUUCGACAUUGGGAGUUCGCCGUCCGAUGUCAUUAUGUGAAAGAACAUUGGUUGAACAAGCCCGACAACAAUUAGGUUCACAAAGAAGACCACCAAUCUCAGGUAAUUUUUGCUCGCUUUUUCGAAACAACACAUGAAAUUGCGGCUAUUUAGUACGUAGUACGCUCUCCGUUUUUUUUUCGUGCACUCAUUUAUUUAUCUUUUGCCGCGUCAGUUGGCGGGCUCAUUCAUUCAUGUUUAAUGUUUCAAUUGUUUGUGAGAAAAUGGAGUUUUUUCUUCUUUUUUUUUUUUUGGGUGAAAAGGUUAGGUUAGAUGACGUCAUAGCACAAAUUUUUGGAUAAUUUUCAUGAAAACUCUUCCAAUAUUUUUGGUUAGAGACAACGUGAAAUUGAGAGAGUGCAGACUAAUUUUCUGUCUGCGCUCUCUCAAUUUCACGUUGUCUCUAACCAAAAAGAAAAUUCUGUAUAUUUUGUUUUUCCACGUUUUUCUGUAUAGGGAAAACUAUGACGUCAUAAGACAAAUUUUCAGAAAAAAAUUUAUUUUCAGCCAAUUUCCAGAAUCCCUAGAUGUUUUUUUUUGAAAAAAACAUGUGUUUUUCUCACACAGCCCCUCAUUGUAUCUAGGUAGUCAUAUUUUUGCACAUUUUUCAUUUUUAUGGCUGAAAAAAAUCCCUUUUUCUUGAGAAAAAAACAGAAUUUCUCAUGUUUUUCUAGCAAAACCCCCCACUUUCCAGGUUCUGGAACAUUUGUCGAGCCAAUAAUUCCCGAAGAAACGAUUCGGUUUUGCGGUGAAAACAUUGUGGUGUUCAGCGCGUUGGAGCGAUUUUUACCGGACGUGACAGAGGGUGACUCAGCGAGUAACAUUUCUAACACGGUGAGUUAUUAUUUUUUCUCCUUUUUCUAUCACUAACUAUGGAAAAAAAGAAAGAAUGACUCGUAAUUGGCUUUCUUUCUUUUUUUUUCUGUUUUUUUCAAUGUUUGGUCGAUAUUUUCAUGUUUUUCCUUAUAUUUUUGCCCGUCAAUCAAAAAACUCUGCUAAUCUCCCUGAAUAAUCUUUUUUUCCCCUUUCAAUAUUUGCUCAAAUGUAAUUCGAGCCUAUUGAAUUCCCAGAAUUUUCUUACAUUUUUUCUAGAUUCGACCCACUUCAUCGGAAAGCUUAACAAUUGAUGCGUCGAAAAUUCUGACACCUAUUAUGAAUCAGAAAACAUUGGGUUUAAAGUGAGUGAAACUUGGGGCUAUGCGGAUUUUAGGUUAGAGACAAUGUGAAAUUGAGAGAGCGCAGGCAGAAAAUUAGUCUGCACUCUCUCAAUUUCACGCUGUCUCUCUUAUUUAUAUUUUUCAAAAUUUAAUUUUAAAAAAAACUCACGUUUCUUGGCAUUUUCAACCCUUUCCAAUUUCAGACAAUCAAAAAACGGGUUCGCCCGCAACGACUAUGUUCACAACGGCAGAGGAAGUAUUGCAAGUCUGAAAUAAUUUGCAAAUUGCCAUUGACUUUUCAACCAUUUUCGCCGACUAUUUUACAAGAGAGAAGAAAUGUGAGUUUGGAGGGCGGGAUCGACUUUGAACCGAGAUUUUCUCAUACAGAUUGAUAUUUCUUAAUAAUGUCGAAGUUGAAAAAUGUGCCAGCCGUAAAAAAUAAAAACCAGUGCAAAAUUAAAUGAAUGAAAAAACAUUAGUUCGUCAGUUGCGUUCGGCUGUGCGUCGCGGUCAGGAAAAUAUCAAUAAUCCCGACCGCGACGCGCAGCCGCACGCGACUGACGGAUUGAAGUUAUUUCAUCCAUCCAAUAGCCACAUUUUUCAACUUCGGCCAACAAGGCUUAAUUAAUAAUUAAAACAAUCUCUAACUCAUUUUUCAGAAUCAAAAUGAGUACACAAAAGAAGAGCUUAACACAUCAACUGAUUCAUCCGAAGGUAUUUGCGCUGAUAUGAUGACACUAUCGAACUUCGAACCGCGAACUCCUAGAUUCCACACAAUUUCCCUGUCAAGUAGAGGAUCAAUGACAUCGUCUUCAAUUAUGUCGAAUUCGAUGAUAACCCCAAGAAAAGCAUCGAAGAUUCCAGCAUUGAUGAGUCGAAGUUUGUCAGCUUCCACAAGGAAACCAAAACAACUUUCAACAACUCUUGGAUCGGGAGAGGAUUUGUGCGAUUCAAGUUAUCGAGAUAGUCAUAGAGAAGCUUCUCGACUUAUAACAAGAUCUCAGCAAAAACGACAAAUUCGAGCGAGCAGUUUUGAUCCAAGGUGUUUAUUCGCUAUCAAUAAUAAUUCAAGUAUAAUUCAAUCGAUGUAUGAAAUGUCACAUUCUUCAGUUAUUCAAACACAUUCAAGGUUUUUGAAUAAACGUCCACAAUGGAUUAGACAUCAAGGAAUUGUGAAUGGUUUUGAAGCGAUGACGAAAAGUUUAGUCAUGAAGAAAUCAAUGUCGCCGCCUAUUGAGAAGCCUUCGAAAAAAUGUGAAAAAUAUAUGAGGAUUUGUCGAAAUUCGGAAAAUGGAAUAGAUCGAAAUGAUGUUCGGAUGAAAGUGAAAUUGUUCAGAAUAACCUCUUCUAUUUGUCGAAAAUGCAGAAAUCUUAGAGGGUUGGUUUUAUAAACCGAAAUUUGUAGAGAAAAAAUGAAUAUUUACAGAACUCUUCACCCAAAAAUUCGAAGAAGGAAUUGCGUUUAUCGACGAAAUUGCAUUUGUGAUGAGAAAAAAGCUGUGGAACCUAUCAGAAACCUUAAUCUUCCCAUCGAUGUGUACCUAUUUUUGAUUAUAGCUCUAAUUUUUAGAUUUUUAUUGUUUGUCAGCGAAAAUGUUGUAUUCUCUGUUUAGACGUUGCGGGCCUUUUUGAAAACAUUAUUUAUUCCAUUUACAAACGGGAUUUCUUUGGUUUUUUUUUCAAAAAUUAGAAUUUUGGUUAGAAUAAACGUGACCUAAUUUUUUCUCAAGAAACGCAACAAAAAACAAAAUCACUCAGAAAAUGUCACCAUUUCUGUUAUAAGGAUCGACCGAAUUGGUCGAAAAAAGAAAAAGCAAAUGGAUGUUGAAUAUGUUCAAGAAGAAAGCGAGCAAACCAGUUCCGUAACAUUGCAAAAAAAUGUAUUUGAUCUAUUUGGCUCGGGAAGCGAGGGUGAAAAAAUUGACAAACUUAAAUUCUUCCUACCACCGGUUAUCACGGAUUCGGGCGAUGUUUUGGUGAAAAAUGUCACCGUUUCGACGACUCAAACUACAAAUGGACCGGUUUAUGAAUAUGCGAUUCAUUGGAGUGAGCCGACAGCGAAAACUCAACGGGCUUGGGAGCAAAAAUUUGCUCUAGGCUCUCAAAUAUCAACUACACGCAAACAUUCAAGCAGUAAGUGGGAAACAAGUGGGAAAAACGAAGAAAAACAAAAAUAAAAAAAAUGUUUUUUUUUUUGAAAAUAAAAAUUGCCGCGUUUAGCAAGUGCGCUCUAUUGAUAAAACAAAGGGCGGUUUUUUCAAAAAUGUAUUUUCCAUGUCAUUUUUUUUCAUUUUUCGAAAAAAUUUCAGUUGUCUUCUGCGAUGGACCUUGCAAAAACCAAGUUCCCCUCUCAAGCGUCGUUCAAUAUGGUUGCGAUCAUGUGAUCUGUGAUGGUUGUCGAAAAUCGCAAACCUCUGCGCCACUUUUCGAUGGCGCACCCGGUUGUUGUAAUGAAGGAUGUGUGCAAAUCGCAAAAAUCAACGGCGAGAAAUUGAGAAGCGCAUUGACAAGAAGCGGAUAUUCGAGAGUUUCGAUGAACGGACCAUGGGAAACGAUUCUGAUUCAUGUGAGCGUUUUGAAGAAGGUUUAUAGCAAUGUUGUUCGAAGCCACUUUGAAUACGAAUUUUCUUCGCAAAGUCGUGUUUCUUCACUUAUGCGAACUCUUCACACUUAUCAGUGAGUAUUUUUAAAUGCAAUUUGAGCUCUUCAAAACAAAAUUCAUUUCAGAGAUGUCUUUGAAAACUCGCGCGUCUACUAUUCUUUGAAGAAACCUGAAACGCAUGAUGAUCUCAACCCAAUUUCAAUUCUCGAAACCAAUUUAAGAUUCCACGAUUUGAUCGGAUCAGAAGAAGCCACCGAUUUGUAUUUCAUUGUAGCCGGAAACGGUGUCAAUGUUUGA